AGCCCAGUCCAGACUCUCACCAUGGGUCCACGGCUGGAUAGCUCGACCUGAUCUACCCUCCCUCGACUCCACGAACGGCCGAAACCCCGACCCCAUUUAAAGCCUCGGAUCGCCCGAUCGGACGAUGCAAGUCCACAUCCAGAGUCCAAAAACGUCCGAUCCAAUCUUCCAGUUCUCAGUCCAAGCGACAGUUGAAGCAAAGGUUUCCCGUCCGGCAAUGAUUCUGGUGGCGAUCGUGGCGGAGCUGCUGGAGGAGUACACGGCGCUGGUGGCCCGGGUGCUGGAGCAGCUGCUCAACGACGCGCCCUUCCCGCGCCGGAUGCGCUUCCUCAUGCUGCGGAGCCUCCCCUUCGUGCCGCCGCCCGGGCCCCCGCCGCCGCCGUCGCACGCCCUCCGCGUCACCACCCGAGGCUGAUCAGAACCUGCAGGCCUUCGGUUUCAGCCAGCCCGCCACGAACGGCGCCAUGACCAACCGCAUGCCCUUCCGCGCGAGAGCCGGCUGAUCAGAUAGGUCGAGCCACGGUGUGUUCCAUUCGUUUCGACUUUCAAGCAGUUUGAUUUUGCUAGCUCUUCGCUAGUGCUGUAAAGGAAGAGUUCAUGCUGUACUUGAGGAUUCAUUUCGUUCCUUAUAAUAUUACUGGUGAUAUGUUCAAUAAGGAGACUUUGAC